CGGCGCUCGGCCCAUCAUGGCGGCGCCCAGAGAGGCGCCGGAGCGGCGGCUCUUCGGGAGGCGCUUCCUCACCGACCCCGCCCGCCUCUUCCAGCACAACGCCUGGGAUAAUGUGGAAUGGUCAGAAGAGCAGGAAGCCAGUGCCAGGAGUAAAGUUCAAGAGAACAGCUCACAGCUAUUGCCACAAGAUAAACAAGAGGAAUAUGAGGUGAAUGCUAAGAGGUACUGGGAUGAGUUUUACAAAAUCCACGAAAAUGGCUUCUUCAAGGACAGGCACUGGCUGUUCACUGAAUUUCCUGAGCUGGCACCUAACAGGAACCCCAGUCAAAACGGCGAUUCUAUGCAUGAAUUUAGUAACAAAGAUGACUCCAACAAUGAAGGGCUGGGAAGCUGUGAAAAUGGACAUUGUUCAUUGGAAACCAGGGCAGAGAAUCAAUUAAACCUGAUAAAAAACACAUCUAAGAGCUCUACAGAGGAGCUGGCUACACAGAAGUACAGUGAGCUGAAUCAAAGUGAUGGAGAUUACCCAGGAUCAUCUGCAUCUUACCGUAUAUUAGAGGUUGGCUGUGGUGCUGGAAAUACAGUCUUCCCAAUUUUACAAACCAACAAUGACCCAGGCCUUUUUGUUUACUGCUGUGAUUUUUCUACAACAGCUGUGGAUCUUGUCCAGAACAAUGCAGAAUAUGAUUCUUCUCGCUGCUUUGCUUUUGUCCAUGACCUGUGCAAUGACCAAAGUCCUUUCCCAAUGCCAGACAAGAGUCUUGACGUUGUUAUUCUUAUCUUUGUCCUCUCAGCGAUUCUCCCAGAGAAGAUGCAAUGCAUCGUUAAUAGACUGAGUCGCCUUCUGAAACCAGGAGGAAUGAUUUUGUUACGAGAUUAUGGCCGUUACGAUCUGGCCCAGCUUCGGUUUAAGAAAGGUCAAUGUCUGUCUGAUAAUUUCUAUGUGAGAGGUGAUGGCACCAGAGUCUACUUCUUCACACAAGAUGAAUUAGAUGAUCUCUUCACAACAGCUGGGCUGGAGAAAAUCCAGAAUCUGGUUGAUCGGCGAUUGCAAGUGAACCGUGGGAAACAAAUGACGAUGUAUCGAGUAUGGAUCCAGUGCAAAUACCGCAAGCCUGCCACCCCUCAGCUGUGAGGAAGCGGGGCAUGCUUUUUGGGGUUGAGCCUUUUCAUGGCCAUGUGCAGUGUCUCCUGGUGAAGUGUGGUUUUACGGAGUUCAGCGCACACAGGACCUCAGUGCCUUUUACAGUGCCUAACAUCACUUCAAGUGAGUUUUGCUAAGGACGAAUGCUCUAAGAGGAGACCAAGCAGUAUUUUAGAUGUCUUGCUACUGGUCUGAGUUUUUUAAAUUAUUUGUGGUUUUAACAACUUAAGAAACGGUCAUGCUGGCUUACAGCAGCUGAGCAAGUUGAAUAGUGAGUUACUCUUACUCUGGAUUUCCACAUGAAACAGGAGUGCUUUGACCUUGCCUCUGUGUUGUGUACGCUUGUCUUGGGAACAAAAACCAUACAAAGGGUAAAUCUGCUGUUCUCUGCAACUGUUCACUAGGCCUAAUAUGAAUCCCUUAGCCAGCUUAUCUCAUCCAGCUCUCUUCCAGUCGUUCAGGUUUGUGCAAAUCCACAAGUUAAAAUACAUUGAUAGAGGGCAGGAACUGAGAGCAUGCUAGUUUCUCUGUGCCAGCUUCCCCAUGCAUGCUUCAUGGUGUGCAGAUAACCUGUGGAGAAAGAAGAUUAUGCUGCCUUGCCCUCACUGUCCACAAGGAUGUUCAUCUAGGGAGCUAGCACGCUAUGGCUCAGGUGCUGUAAAUUCCUAUCAGGUGGGGUUCAGGUUUUCAAAGAUUUGGGGCUGAUGCCAGUUUUGGGGCACCUCCAGAGUGCAGAGUAUCACAAGCAGCUCACAGGACCAGGUUUUAUGCAGAAUCACCUGCUUUUUCUGCUUGAACAGUAAGAAACUCUUCUUGCUGGCUGCAGCCGCCAGGUCACGAACUGCAGUGCCCUGUCAUGGUGGUGUGCUAAACCCAAGUAGACAAGACACCUGUCUUUGAUAAGAAAUCUGAAUAAUGUCUACCACUCUUGUUUAAUUUCUUAGAUGAAGCCAACAUUGUGGCUUUCUGAAGGUAUUUCCCCACCUUUGACAGCAAAUAUCUUUUAUCUCAGCUUGUUUUCUUAUGUUAUUUUUAGGGUGUGGUACAACACGUAUUAGAAUAAAUUUUGUGGUAAUGCUUUUCAAUGCUGGUUUGAUUAAUAUAAAUUAGGCUUCCACAGAAACUCACAUGCUUCUGCAUGCCUGAUCUGAAGGACUUGGGCCACCAUUAGGUAACUACAGUUUUUUGCCUCUUCUGUUAUCAUGAGUCUCACUAGUGCCUGCUCUCGUCUGUCAAGAAGGGAAAGCCUUGGCUGAUAUCUCCUGCCUUGUUUUAGUUCAUGAAGCAACAAGGUCUAUUGUGUGUGCACCGCUGGCUGAAGAGCAGUUCAUGCUACACGAAGCAUGUAUAUUUUGUUAGCUAGACACUUGUAGCUUACAGUCGCCUAAGAAUAACUGUCAACUAUAGAGACACGUAGGUUAUGAAAUAACUGCUGUCUUGAAACAGAGGAGAAAGGGUAAAAAGAUGAGGAAAUGUCAUUGCUAUCUUUGGAGAGUCUGCAGGAGUCCUGGAGAGUCAAACAGGAGCGCCCUGAUUUGUAAAGCGUUGGAAGGGGCUGUAGCAAUACUCUCUGCUGGGCAUGUGGCAGCAUGAUCAGUUCAUAACUUCCACAUCACUGUGUCACCCUGCAGGUAUUAGUAUGUCUGCUACCCAAAGGCUUCUGGGUGAGGGCAUUUCAGCCAUUCCUGUGAACAGUGACCCAGCAAAUCCAUUCACACCACAAAGGCAGGCUGCAGUGCUGGGGCAGGAAUGGAAAUGCACCAUUGCUUUUUUUUAUAUAUCUAGCUCUUUUAAAUAAUGUUGAAAGGGAAUCAAAUAACUGGGAAAAUAAUUCUUGUUCAAUUUGUUGUACUGUAUUUUCUAAAGGGCUAAGAGAAUUCCUAGCAUUUGCAAAUGAAAUAGGAGGAGAUAAGGCUUCUUUAUUUCUAAGCACAUUUGGCUUCUGCCACGCACAAGCCUGACCCAACCCAGAAGUUGUGCAGCUGCUGCUACGUUUUCGUGCUAAACCUACAAAGUUCCCUGGCAAGGUUGGUUCCUCAGGAAAGGCCUAGGCAAAAUACAUCUCAAGGCCUCUGGGAGCUGAGCAAGCUCAUGUCUCCUCAUCUUUAUCCAGGCAAAGAGUCAGCUUAGCAAAAAAAGUCCUGUGAGUGUUGAAUGUGAUGUGACUCAUGUAACCAGCUCUGUCGCUUUCAGUGAAAGACCUCCCAUGUGUUACUGGUGCCUUAGGCAGUUCCCUGGGGUCCUUUCCCUCUUGGUCCCUGGAGGGAGACCUCCUCCUGGGAUAGCUUUAUCUCCCUGGAAGAAAAAUUAUUGACUGGGGUAAACAAGCAGCAUAAUUAGUGUGAAUUAAAGUAAUUUGAAAAAUGCCGUAUUAAUCAUCCAAAGGCUUGUAAGCAGUGCAGGAGAAUAUGUUUUUAAUUAUAAACAUGAUUUAUUUAAACUUGAUGGACUCCCCUUUAAAUUUAAACUCCUGAAUGGGAGAAGAUGAAGGCUAGUAAUUUAUUUGUUUCUACUUUCAAGGCUACAUCCCAGUUGCCUGCCUGGUUUUGACUUGGGCUUCAUGCAAAAACUUGCAGCCCCAUGAGCCUGCAGCCAUUGAAGUGGCUCUAUGCCUUUCUUAAUGCUCUUCAUUCUGCAGGGGUAUUUAAGCAAUCACUCAACAUGAACCAUGCUGGGCAGACAUGCUUUUGUUUCCAGUCCUGUUGGUGGUGUUCAGAAAGCAACAAGUUAAUGGCCUUGAAUUGAGCCAGGCCUCCUACAGACAGAUACUGUCUGAGCUUCCUUCAUUAAUCUCCGCCAGCUCCCAUUCUCUCUGAAGCUACUGCUCUCCUGCGACUCCAGGCCUUGCCUCCCACACAGCUCUGCUCAGGUACCUUGGUCCUGACUUGCAGCCGCUUCUGCCAUUCCCACCUUGGGCCUGCUGAGCAGGCUGGGUUGCACAAUGGCUUUCUAGCAUGUUCAAAGGAAAUCUCCAAAUUGACUUUUACUAUACUGAAAAGCCAGGUUAAGUGCCUUUUUUUUUUUUCCCCUCUUCCUUUUUAGCAGUGUAACAUUAGCUUUAAAGCCAUUCUGAACAUAUCUGCUCUGGUUUUGUUCCCAGCAUUCCAGUCUUGCGGUCUGUGGCUUACAGACAAUGCCAACGUAGCUUGUUGAACCUCCCAAGCAGAAGAGAUGAUUUCAUAGCUCUUCAGAGGCACUGCCCCUGCGAUUCUGGAGCCAGACAUUGUUACACUUCGGAAAGUCUGGUCCUGGCUCUUGCCAGAGGGUGGUGGAUUUCCUUGGAGGUUCGUAGAUUGUUGUGGCUGGAAGGGAACUUUAUCACCAACUGUUCUGACCCUUUGCAUAGCCCUUUCGUGUAGGGAUUAUGGCAUCAAGCCUGUGACUUGGGCUGAGCCAGAACUAGUCCUUCAGAAAGGCUUUCGAUCCAGCCAUGAUGCUGAGGGCUCCAGUGAAUGGCAGAAAACCCUUUGCCUCCCCAGGUACAUUGUUCCUCUCACAGUAUCCUGAUUUCACGAAUCGGCUAGAAACUGGGAGGCAGGAAGGGAACAGGGGAGGAAAAGACCACAAGAGGCUGGGGAGUAUUUCUGAUACUGUCACUUCAAAAACAAGUAAAUUGUAAAUUCCACUGAAAAUUGGACCUUUCUCAGGAUCUUCCUGACAUCACAGAAAAGUGGGAAACGGCAGUCAUCCGUAGUGAUUUUUAUUGUUACAACAGUAAUCAUCAAAUGCUUCUGACCAGAAGCAUGUGAGACCAGACACAAUUGUCUUCUCUCCCAAAUGCUUUAGCUCCACCUUCUCAGGGUAUGUCACCACCAUUUCUAAUUCUGUAGUUAGUUGUAGAGCUCCAGGAUAAAUGAAACGUGAUUAUUUUCAAUAAAACAGGUGUGAGCAGAAGGAACCUCCAUGUCUGCAUGCCAGUGGCUUUUGGCAUUGCAUUGUAACUAAAGCUGAAAGAGCUUCCUUUUGUCGUUGGCACUGGGAUGAGCCCCGGCUGGUCCCCAGCUGGAUUCCCUGCAGAAAUUGCAGGCCUAGACUGAACUUAACUGUUUUUCCCGAGCACAAAUGAAAGAUGCACAGGUUUCAGAGCCUAGAAGUGAGGGUACGGAUGAGGAUGAGGCCACAGAGAUCAAGUUAUUAAGGGACUUGGGGACCAUCCUUCCAUCUCUGUAAAGACAGAGGGAAAUUGAGUCAUGCAGUCUUCUUUGUUCUCCUGAUGAGUCAAUUGGAUCUGAUUUGUCAAUCAGAGCAGUGCCACCACUUUUGGUUUGGUGUCGUAUUGGGGAAAGUUAGUCCAGAAGAGAAACGCAUGAUCAGGAUCACUGUUGCUAUUGUAGCUUGACAGGGGUGUGUGCUUGGCACACAUCUUUUGCACAGUGUCCAUAGGAUUCUAACAGUGUUGUCAUAUAUGUUUUCAGGGCAAGACAGAAAUUACUAGAAAAGCAAGGAGGGAGGAAUUUUUUGGAGGACUCUUCUGCAAAGCGAGAUACUCUAGAGGGAAAGGAAUUGUCAGCUCUGUGCUUAAUCAGCAAAGCUCUGGAGUUUGUGCUUAGCUCUUGCUGAAGGCAUUAAGUUCCUGUGCAUAAGUGCCUUGCUGAAUGGGAUCUUGUAUUGCCAAGAAAGUGGGACACAGCGCAGGAAAUUACCUAUGUAGGCAACAGUGAGUGCUAAUGUGAACCAAAUAGGAUACAGCUACCUUCAUUAUGGAGACCAGGGAACUUGGCUGGAACACAGGCAGGGAGAAGUAAGAGAAGAGCCAUGUGUGCCUCUGCUUUUACCUCCUGCCCAAAGGCUGUAUGGUAUGACAGGAGGUGUCAUGCCAAUGAAGGCUUUUACUCUUGAAAAUAUGGUCUUUGACCCACAGUUGGAUGAGUGGGAACUGGCUGUGGUUGGAAAGCAUUGAUGGCAAAGAUCGCUAGCAAGUCUAACGUGUCAAGACCUGCCUGGAACUCCCAGAUGUUCGUCCAUGGCUGUUUCCAGGAAGGAAGAACAUCCUGGUGAGGUUUGGACCCUGCUGCUCUAAACUGUGCUCCCUGGUAUUGAAUAACCCCAAAGAGUCUUCACUGCAAGUGCCAACAGAGCGUGUGAACAGCAACUUGAUUUUGGGGUGGAGUGUGAGUGUCACUGCUGUAUUCAGGUUGUUUUAAUGUUUUGUAGUCCAAAGGACCCUUGUAGCUCUUGCAUUUUCAUGUUAUUUGGAGGUUGGGGAGUUCUGGGGGAUUGCAGCCAAUCCUUUGGCCUAUGAAACUUUCUUUCCGCUGAUGUGAAGUGAGAAGUUGCUGUUUGCAGUCCCAGGUCACAGAGGCCAGGCUCAGACCUCUGUGGCGUGUGUGGGGAACACUGGGGGAUCUGCUCUACAGCUGGAAGUGGAGAGGUACCCUGCCACCCUUCUCCAGGGGCACUGGAUGUGGCAUUCCUCAUUAAGAAAAUUGGCUAAUCUCCCCUCAGACUACUUCUUCAUCCAUGGAACCAAGCACGAGGCAUGGUACUGGGUUCCCCUCAUCUGGGGAGCACCGCAUAGACAGGUACACUACGCUACAGUCUUUAAUUACACAGCCGCACA